CUUGUUCCUGGCGAGACUAUAAUUAUAUACACUACCCCAACCAGUAGUUAUAAUAUCGUUAUCUUAAAAAUGCUGGCGACUCGUUGCAAGUGCAACCUUCCAUCGCGAAGCUUCGUGGCGCCUGCGCGCUCAGUGCGGACGCGCGCGCUGCAUGUGGAGGGACGCUUCGGUGGUGGCCGUGGUGGCAAUGUGAUUGACCGCCCGGACGUGGACGUCAGCAAGCGGCUGGGUGGCUUCGACCUGAGCGACUGGAACAUUCCUUCCUGGGACGCGAAGACCGACAACGGCAACAACGGCAGCAACACGGAUAAGGACAAGAAGAGCCCUCCCGGUGGUGGCAACUACCGCGUCCUGCUGCUGGACUCUCCGCAGCACACGGAGAAGGGCGUUGUGGCAGCCAUCACGCGCGUGGUCCCGGGCACCAACCCCGACCACGCCCGCAACUGUUUUGCUACCUCCAAGCAGCUGGGCAUGGCGAUCAUCACCACGGCGCUCAAGGAGCAUGCAGAGCUGUACCGCGAGCAGCUCUUCACCUACCGCGUGCGUACGGCCUUGGAGCCUGACAACAGCACUGUGUAAGGCUCUCCGGCCUUAUGAGUGCGGGAAGCACAUCUUGGGAGAGCUAACGGGGUCACGGAGCUUCCUACAUCGUCGUCGGACGCUCCCUGGGCACUCGAGGGUGGGGAGCAUGCAGCGCUAUGGCGGAGAGCAGUGCCGAGGAAGGCAAUUGAGGCCAUGAGAGAGAGAAGAGUGUGUGUGUGUGGUCGGGAACAUCGUGGUGCAUAUCGAACGAAGAGUGCGCGAAAGCGUGAGUGGCGUGUUGCCGGAAGGCGUGUUUAGAUAUGAGAGAGUCGUUGUGGUCCUUUGUACUAGUCUGUAUUCGGGAGUUGGGGUGGUCAGUAGCCGCAUUGGACGUAAUUCUGAUCUUAUUAUAGUUAAAUCGCUGCAGUGAUGUCGGUCCCUGUGACGUGUGUACGGUACAUGGGUGCAGUCCUGUCGUGUGUUACCGUGGUGUGUCGGGCCCUGUGUGUGCGGUCUCUGUUGGAUUGCCAUUGCGUGCACUACAUUGAGCUACGGCAACAUUUUUGACGUCAUUUUAUUCACGGGGUGUGAGCGUAUGCAUGAGGGCAUACAUAGACAGGAGUGAGGAGGACUUGAGCGCGUGGCUUUACAGUGCGGACGAGCUCGUGCAGAAAGACUGGAUCGUGAUGGGUAGGCUGCAGAGAUCUAGCUAGGAGGUCAAACGUAGAUGGUUGGCUGGAGGUGAAAUGAAUGUUACAGCACAAGCAGGCGCAGUCCGAAGGACCAUCUGUGGCCCAAUGAGGAACCGCCCUCCCGCUAAUACCUUGUACGGACACAUCGAGAGCAUCUUCUCCGCUAGCCAUACGGUAUUGGUCUUCUGGCCAGGUCCUCCAGCCAGUCACUGAAUCACAUCACGUUUGCAGGCCUAACCAUUGCAAGAGCCGUGCGCCGCGUCCAGCAAUGCAGCACCACGACAGGUCGACAGGUUGUCCCCAACACGGACGGAUUCUGCAAUGGGCCAACACACUCAGGCGUGGCGUUCAUGCGGCCUACUCCGUAACAAUGCUUCACGUGCCAACACACCGUAACGGCGGUGCUAGUGCGGGCUGCAGGUUGCCCUGUCGUGGACUGGUGCCUUUACCCAAACCCCGUCCCAUCACACACCUAAUGAGUACCAACGGUUUUGCCGCUGGCCCAAGCGGUGCAGAUUCCUCGCGUUGCCCCAAAAUGUCAACCCCUCCAUCGUCAAGCACGCCAUCCCCCCCGCACUCGCAGCAA